CUUGCAGACGGAGGGGCAAGCAGCAGGGCCAGAGCUGUGUGUAAUUGGAUACCAGAGGCUCUCCCUCUCUCCUCUGUCAAAGAUUCAGCUACUUCCAUUCACUGUCAGCUUCAGGACGGAUUGUGGAUACAGAGGACUAACUCCCAGGCGCAAUAGGAGCUCAAACACGGGGAUUACUACUUCACAAAGUGAACUGAAUCAGAUCAGUGGGCACCAAAUAAAAGGACUUUUUUAUUAUAAACAGAGAUUUGGGGGCUUUAAAUGCUCUGCAGGAAAACGGCACAGGACUUUAAUCCGUGACAUGUGGAGCCAGGUUUGAUGGCUGAGCCCUCUUGAUUUUCUCCAAAGUAGGGUUGUUUGGUUCGGAGAAAAGCAAAGUAUAAAUAAACUGAAAUGGCAGUGUAUUGGAUCCAGGUGUUGAUUGUGCUGGCUAUUUGGUGCAGUUGCUCUACAGUAUCUGCGGAACCGCAACCAAGAGUUUUUUUAAAAUUUGAUGAACUUCAGGAAACAAAAACAUCUGAAUUCUACAGCAUUUCUCAAAGUCCAUUGGACUACAGGAUUUUGUUAAUGGAUGAAGAUCAGGAUAGAAUCUACGUGGGCAGCAAAGAUCACAUUCUAUCACUCAAUAUUAACAACAUAAGUCAUGAUCCUCUUAGUGUUUUCUGGCCGGCAUCUGCUAACAAAGUUGAAGAGUGCAAGAUGGCUGGCAAAGAUCCCACACAUGGCUGUGGAAACUUUGUACGUGUAAUUCAGAGCUUCAACCGAACUCAUUUGUAUGUUUGUGGGAGUGGAGCCUUCAGUCCUAUAUGCACCUAUGUCAACAGAGGCCGUAGAUCUGAGGAUCAUAUUUUCUUAAUUGAUCACAAGAAUGAGUCUGGGAAAGGACGUUGUUCUUUUAAUCCAAAAGUAAACACAGUGUCUGUCAUGAUUAAUGAAGAACUCUUCUCUGGGAUGUACAUAGAUUUUAUGGGCACUGAUUCAGCUAUAUUCCGCAGCUUGACAAAACGCAAUGCUGUAAGGACAGAUCAACACAACUCUAAAUGGCUAAGUGAGCCAGUUUUUGUGGAUGCACAGCUCCUACCAGAUGGAACAGACCCCAAUGAUGCCAAGGUCUAUUUUUUCUUGAAAGAACGACUGGCAGACAACACCGGAUCUACCAGGCAGAUUCAUUCCAUGAUUGCAAGAGUUUGUCCAAAUGACAUUGGUGGGCAGCGGAGCCUUGUUAACAAAUGGACAACAUUUUUAAAGGCCAGACUGGUGUGCUCAGUGAUGGAUGAUGAUGGAACAGAAACCUAUUUUGAUGAAUUAGAGGAUGUUUUUCUCAUGGAAUCUGACAAUCCUAGAACUACACUGGUUUAUGGACUUUUUACAACUUCAAGCUCGGUGUUUAAAGGUUCUGCUGUGUGUGUUUACCAUAUGUCAGACAUUCAGACUGUGUUUAAUGGACCAUUUGCACACAAAGAAGGCCCAAAUCAUCAGCUAAUUCAAUACAACAGCAGAAUCCCAUAUCCAAGACCUGGCACAUGUCCGGGAGGAGCCUUUACCCCUACAGUGCUGACAACAAAGGAAUUUCCAGAUGAUGUUGUUACUUUCAUAAGAAAUCACCCACUUAUGUACAAUUCCAUUUAUCCAAAACACAAGAAGCCACUUUUAAUAAGGACGGGAACAGAUUAUAAAUAUACAAAAAUUACUGUGGAUAGAGUAAAUGCUGGAGAUGGUCGGUACAAUGUCUUAUUUCUUGGGACAGACAAAGGGACUGUUCAAAAAGUAAUUGUCCUUGCCAGUAACAAUGGAACAAGUGGAGAACUGAUCAUAGAGGAACUAGAAGUUUUUAAGACUCACAGUCCUAUAACUUCAAUGAAGAUUUCUUCAAAAAAGCAACAAUUAUAUGUUAGCUCAGAGGAAGGCAUUACACAAGUGUCUCUGCACCGCUGCCACGUUUAUGGCACAGCUUGUGCUGACUGUUGCCUCGCUCGAGAUCCUUAUUGUGCCUGGGAUGGAAAGGUCUGCUCAAGAUUUUACCCAUCAGGAAAGAAAAAAAGCCGAAAACAAGAUAUAAAACAUGGAAAUCCAGUUGCACAAUGCCGUGGAUCUAAUCUAAAAGAGUAUAGAAACACUGCAGAAAUUAUUCAGUAUGGAGUCAGAAACAACACAACUUUCCUGGAGUGUAGUGCAAAAUCUCCACAGGCAUCUGUCAAGUGGCUCUUACAGAAAGAUAAAGACCGGAGGAAAGAGGUCAAAUUAAAUGAGAGAAUUAUUUUUACUGGUCAAGGACUCCUUAUCCGGUCUAUCCAGGACACCGACCAAGGACUUUACCAUUGCAUAUCCACAGAGAAUGCUUUCAAGCAAACAAUAGCAAAGGUCAAUUUAAAGAUUCUAGAACCGGAGAUCGUGACUAUGAUGACUGACAAGUCUCAGUGGUUGUGGGCAAGUGCAUUAAGUGGAAUUCAUUUCCAUCACAAAGAUCUCACAGGAGCAUUCAGUGACUCUGAGAUGCUAAUGAUUAAACAGUACUGCAAGGAGACCAGACAGAAAACCCGCCAUGAAUCUGAAGCACCCAAAUUCAAAAACUACGGAAAAAUGAAAGACCUUAUAAACACAAGAAAAAGUAGAAACAGAAGAAAUCAGUUACCUGGUUCUUAAAUCCCUAUCGUUCACUUGGCAAUCCAUAUUUUGUUUUCUUUGGAAGAAACUCUCUGGAAACACAAAAUCAAAACAUGAUUGGACAUUUAUAUCCACGGCAUUCAGUAAACACAGUACGUGGACAGUAAUGUUUCUUUACAGUUACGACAGCGACUUAACGUCUACAGCACCCUGCAUGAUAACCUGCUAUCAUAACAAGUUACCCAUAAAUUCUUAUAUGAUGCAUAUGUGGUUUCUCUUAUUGCAGUAACUUCCUUCCCUUGAACUUAAUAUUCUUAUUUAUUAGAUUUCUAUUUAGAUUUUUGUAAAUGAACGGAUGAACUUGUUGACUGUUUUGUUUCUGUAAGCCUCUCAUUUUCUGUUGUGAGUCUGUUUAUAGUGCUGAUCAGUUAAAGGUACUAUUUAUAAAACAAGAGUUUUAGGAUUCUGGAUUACAUGGCUAAUGACGUAAAUAGAAGGUUGUAGAUAAUGUGCAACUAGCAAAGACAUGAGGCUGGAUUCUCUUAGCAGACAAAGGGUUUACUCUGCUUACUGAUUAGCAGUUCCUUAAUUGAAGUCUAUGGAGAAAUCCUGAAUGUGCUAAGAGAAAGAAGCCUAUGUUAAGAAAGAAAUUACAAGAGACAAUUUAUUAAUAUGGCAGAUGUGCUAUCAAGAAAAGGCAGGGUAUCCCUGCUCCUUAAUGAGAAUUUAGUGGAAAUAUAGGCUUGCAUUGUAUAUGUAUAUAGGAGUGGGGUCGAUUAAAAAAAAUGCAUGUUCACAAAAAUCCAAUGUCUCAGUCAUCAGAACACGCACAUCCAAUUCUACUCAAUGUUUUUAGUGUAAUAAUUAAAUAUAUAUGCUAAAAGUAAAUGAGUCAUUGUAAUGCCA